AUGAACGCGCAGCGGCUCGAGGCGUUCUUCGCGCACGUCGCCGCCCUGAAGCGCUUGCCGCGCACCGGCUGGGUGCAGCGGGGUGUCCCGGAUCCGGAGUCGGUCGCCGCGCACUCAUUCGGCGUGGCGGCGCUGGCGGCGGUCACCGCGUCGGCGGUCGGCGCCGAUCCGGCGCGGGCGGUGCUCGUUGCCGUGAUCCAUGACGUAGCGGAGGCGCUCACCGGCGAUCUGACGCCCGCCGACGGCGUUCCCGGCGACACGAAACGCCGCCGGGAGGAGCAGGCCGCGCGACGCAUCCUGGCCGGCGUCGACCCCAACGGAACGCUCAUGGCCGCGUGGCUGGACUACGCCGAGCGCCGCACCCCGGAAGGGCGGCUGGUCAAGGAUCUCGACAAGAUCGAUAUGGCGCUGCAGGCGGAUGCCUACGCACGCGAAGGGACCCCGGCAGCCGGCACGCUGCGCCGAUCCGCCGAGCGCACGAUCCAGACGGCGGCGGUGCGCGCGCUGCUGCCGCCGGCGGAGCGGGCGCCAUGAGCCCGCCAGCCGCGAUCCGCUGGGGGAUCAUCGGCUGCGGCGACGUCACCGAGGUCAAGAGCGGGCCGGGCUUCCAGAAGGCAAC